AAUCAAUUGGUAAUUUGUCGAUAUAGAAAUUGGAGAGAAGAUUUGAUUUCCAAGCGAGUGAAUGACGACGAUCAGGCAGUUAAUAAGAGGUGCCGUAAAGAGAAUUCCGCAACAAAAAUAUAAGAGAAAUACUGCUUUACAAGGUGCGCCACAAAAGAGAGGUGUUUGCUUGCGAGUUUAUACAACCACUCCCAAAAAACCCAACUCUGCUCAGAGAAAGGUGGCUCAAGUAAAACUGAGUAACGGGGAAACGGUGAUUGCGUAUAUUCCUGGCGAAGGGCAUAAUCUUCAGGAACAUUCAGUAGUGAUGGUUCGUGGUGGACGUGUGAAGGAUCUUCCUGGAGUACAAUAUCACUUGGUUCGAGGAGUGUAUGAUUUGGCACCCGUUGCUAAUCGUUCCUCUUCACGUUCGAAAUAUGGUGUGAAGAAGAAGAAGGAAUAAUAAUAUCAAAGCUUCUUAUAAAUAGGCUUUUAAGUUUGGGUUAAAUCUU